ACCCGCAGCCUACUGACAAAGAAAAAAAAAGCAAAAACAAGAAGGGGGAUGCAGAAUACCUCACUUCAACAAUAACAGUGCGGGGAAAGAUGAUCAUGCUGCAGAAGAGCAAGGCCAGCUAAAGUUGAAGGGAGCUUUUGCACCCUUGGAUCCCAGAGAGGGACAGAGAGAGUAUAAGCUGAGAGGCUACAGCGCACUCAGUGUGUUCCAAUGCAGCAGCAGAGCCGCCAGCCUGACCUAGUGGAAGGAAGACUUCCAGUGUUUGUGUUUCCUACUGAGCUGGUUUUCUAUGCAGAUGAACAGGCCUCACACAAGCAGGUGCUCACCCUCUACAACCCAUACGAGUUCGCCCUUAAAUUUAAAGUUUUGUGUACAGCACCAAAUAAAUAUGCAGUAGUGGACGCUACUGGCGCUGUUAAACCACAAUGCUGUGUGGACAUCGUGAUCCGGCACAGAGAUGUGCGGGCCUGCCACUAUGGCGUGAUCGACAAAUUUCGGCUGCAGGUAUCUGAGCAGAGUCAGAGAAAAGCUUUGGGCAAGAAGGAGGUGAUGGCCACGCUGUUGCCCUCAGCGGCUCAGGAGCAGCCUCAGAGCCGACCUCAGGAGGAGGAGCGCAGGAUGAAGGAGCAGCUUACCGACAGUGUGUUCUUUGAGCAGACCACAUUCCAGACAGAGUCUCGUACAGCAUCAGGAGGCCCCAGCUUGCUGACUGUACUGUUGGCUUUGGUGUGUAUGGCCGCUCUCAUGCUCCCCACUCUGGGUGAACCGGAAUCCUCAGUGCCUGUCUACCUCCACUUAAGUGUUAACAAGAAACUUGUAGCUGCUUAUGUAUUAGGUCUCCUUACAAUGGUUAUCCUCCGCACAUGAAGUGCCACCGGAUGAUGGCUUUGUACAAAAAGGAACUGAAGAAAAUGUUGAAAACUAGACAUUUGCAUAACCAGAAGGGUUAUAAAAAAGGGGGUGAGCAAAAGAAAAAAAGAAAAGCCACCCCCUUUGAACAGGAACUAACUGCUUAAACAUUACAGAUGUCUAAAUAUAACAAAGAUGCGAAGAUCCUGGGGCGAGGGAGGGAGAUGCUCUGGGUGGACAUCCAGGAAUACUGACUGAGCUGGCAACUGAGCCAUGCUGACCAUCAGGGAAGGAGGGAAGGGUGUGUAUAAACAUGUGGAAAAUGUUAAAUUAAAUUUCUUUUACGUCA